AGUAUGUGAAACUAAUGGAUGACGCGCAGCCAUAAUUUAUGGUGUUUUCAUCGCAGAUCAUAGGUGUUCCGAGUUAAUAUCCACUUACCAGCCAAUCGGAAAAUAGCAUUUGAUGUUUCCAAAUUCAAAAUUAUAUUACAUGUGAUACUGCUGCAAGCACCUCAUUACAUAGAUGCGCACACACAAGGAAUGCAGAAAAGGAGGAAGAAGAGCAAGACCGGACGCAUGCGUGUGACGAACGAAACUUUGAACUGGAGCAGCAUUUCCCGAUUUCGCUAAGCAGCCGCGGCUGAGCCUUGCGUACUUAGAAGGCGGCGUUAUGACUGGCGACCACGGCUGUCAGUCAGACCUUCCCCCAGGCGCCCAGAGGGACGGGGACUGUGACGGGGACAGGGACAGGGACAGGGACGGAAACGCAGGAAUUCCUCGGGCAUCCCGGAGAGGUACAGUACUGGGGAGGCCAGCUACGUCAUAGAGUAUCACUAUAAGCAAAUAAUCAUUGCUGACCCAAUCAUGUUUGUUUUUUAUUGUUUUUAUUUGCGGAGACUAUAAUGUGCAUAACAAAGUUUAGUGGAGAUGCGUUGAUCGAGGCUUCUUUAAUAAAUAACAAGUUUCCUCAUCUUUUGGGUCCUGAGCAGAAUUUAUGAAGAAAAUCACGGACAGACGCGCCAGGUGCUAUCCGAUAUCUAUGAAAAUCGAUAGGCGUGCCUUCGGGUCAUGGAUUUUCAGGAGAAACACCGCAAAAGGCACGACGAGCAAGCCUGCGAGAGACGGGGACACUUAGGACGGGGACCGGAUCCGGGGACAGAGCCGCGUGCAUAAGGAAGCGAAAGCGCCUGCGGACUUGAUGUUGUCUGCAAUGCGAAUGGGCUGGUCACUGUGUUCCUCCCUGGGGAGGGGAGUAAAUGCAGCCUUCUCAAAGCAUUAGGUAUUUAAAUAUUAUCUAAUAUUAAUAUAACGGAAGAGUGUCGCAGCUUACCCAGGAUAAAGAUUAUGGUGUUAUAAUGCACAAUCGUUACAUAUGAAAUCAACUGGUAUAUAACUAACUACGUGUAUGAGAGCAAAAAAGGCAACGCAAAAGGACAAGGUUUGCACUUGUGUUUGUGUUUCUUUGUGCCACCAUGGCAGAGAACAGUUUUAUGCCGCGGACAGAUAAACUUGAAAGCAGAGGUUUUGGCGUGCUCAGCUGGGAGCAAGUGCAGCGCCUGGACCGUGUUCUGGCGGAGACGAUCCCCAUCCACGGUCGGGGCAACUUCCCCACCCUGGAGAUGAAGCCGCGACAAAUUGUUAAAGUGGUGAGGAGUCGGAUGGAGGAGAAGCGGAUUAACGUCCGAGAGGUUCGCCUGAACGGCUCAGCAGCCAGCCACGUACUUCACGAGGACAGUGGACUGGGUUACAAGGACCUCGACCUCAUAUUCUGCGCUGAUCUGAAGGGUGAAAGGGAAUUUGAAAUCGUUAAGAAUCUUGUUUUGGAUUGCUUGUUGGAUUUUUUACCUGAAGGUGUAAACAAGGAGAAGAUUACAUCAUUAACCUUAAAGGAGGCUUAUGUGCAGAAGAUGGUGAAGGUGUGCAAUGACUCCGACUGCUGGAGUCUCAUCUCGCUCUCCAACAACAGAGGCAAAAACGUGGAGCUGAAGUUUGUGGAUUCCCUCCGCCGGCAGUUUGAAUUCAGCGUGGACUCCUUCCAGAUCAAGCUGGACUCUCUGCUGGUCUUUCAGGAGUGCUCGGAGAACCCCAUGUCCGAGACCCUCCACCCGACCAUCAUUGGCGAGAGCGUGUACGGAGACUUCCGGGAGGCGCUGGAGCACCUGCGCCACAAGAUCAUCUGCACACGCAACCCAGAGGAGAUUCGGGGAGGCGGACUCCUGAAGUACUGCCACCUGCUGGUGAGGGGCUUCCGCGCGGCCUCCGAGACCGAGAUGAAGUCGCUGCAGCGCUACAUGUGCUCGCGCUUCUUCAUCGACUUCUCGGACAUCGCCGAGCAGCGGCGCAAGCUGGAGUCCUACUUGCAGAACCACUUUGUCGGCCUGGAGGAGCGCAGGUAUGACUACCUGGUGACGCUGCACGGCGUGGUGAACGAGAGUACGGUGUGCCUGAUGGGACACGAGCGGCGGCAGAUCCUCAGCCUCAUCAACAUGCUGGCGGUGCAUGUCCUGGCUGAGCAGAAUUCCAUCCCCAACGUGGCCAACGUUACCUGCUACUACCAGCCUGCACCCUACGUGGCCGAUGGCAACUUCAGCAACUACUACAUUGCCCAGGUUCAGCCUGUGUUUGCCUGCCACCAGCACACCUACCCCUACUGGCUGCUCUGUAAUUGAGCUAGAGACUCCUACAGAUGGGGCGUGAAGAGGAACAGCAGAUGAGCUGAGCCUGCAAGGCUCGAUGUGACUCUUCUGUCUGCAAGAUCCCGGCUUAUGCAAACUCUGGAAGUGUUUGCGUUCGCUGGGAGUAAAGCAGGAAGACUGGGAAUGUUGUGUCACAAUAAGCCUGCAUCCAAAACUUCUUCAUGGAGACCAGAUAAAGAGUUGCUUUGUAGAGGAUGACUGAUGGCCCAGCUGAAGAACUCAGCCAAGGAGGUUCUGAAUGCUUGAGGGAUCCAUGGUAGAGAUUAAAUGGGCAGUUAUUUUGGUUGUUAUAUAAAUGGAAACUAUUUUGUUGUCAGGAUUUUUACAUUCCAAUUGUCACAGUAAGAAAAGUAAUACAGUUACAGAAAGAACAUCAGAGUCAUAAAGUUUUAUUGCAAUUUAUUGUAGAUUGUUAGAUGCGUUCGUUUUGUCAUCAAUAAGGCAGAAUUAAAAUGAUUCCCAUGUACAAACCAAAGACUGUUUAGGUAUCCAGUGUUUGUAAUGAAAAAAAAAUAUUUCUUGUGUCGAUAAGUGCCUAACGUCUCUUACACAUUAAGGAAUUAGAGCAGUCAUUCCUUGUCUAUAUUUAUGAGCCGUGGGAACAGAUAUGGCCUCCAUUCACCAGAGCUCAUCUUCCCAUCUGACAAUGUCACAAGCAGACGGAGCGAAUGUGCGCAUCCCAUCAUGAAGCUCUGAUGAUGUGACUUUCUUCCUAAAUCCACGUCCCUGUGCUUUGCCAAUGGCCCAGCCUGCAGCGCCACCGUGUUCUCGUUCAUCUGUCUUACCUCGUCAGCAGGAUGUGUCGCUUCAUCUCUGAACCAGCGUCCUCCCUGCAGUGAUCACCAUAAGGCCGGGGGAGGUCAAGCUUCCUGCAUCGGAGGGGUUUAUUGAGAGCUCAGGCAGAGGGAGUCGGCUAAUGGUGACUGAGAGCUGGGACAGGCUACUCAUUGAGAUUAUCCUACCUGUGUCACCUUCAAAAGCUGAGCAUUUAUACCAGAGUGAAUGUCAGAUCAACAGAGAGGUCACGUCUAAUUGGGGCUCAACCAUUCUAAAUUGUGCCCAAAUAAUCACGUCUGUUAAACUGGUCAUGAGAUGAUGGACUGUAGGAUAAAUGGGCAGAAGUUCAACUGAUGACAGAGUAGGACUCACUGGCUAUUUUCAAAAGUGGCGUCUCCAGCGUGGAGGCUGUAAGUUCUGUGUAAGGCCUAAGGAGGUAGAGGAAGUGCAGUGUGCUUAGAGAACGGUUUCUGUUAGGAUAUGAGCUUAAUAAAUGCAAUGUCUGUGUUCAUCUGUGGUUUCUACUGCUUCUUUCACCAUCAUGUCAGCUUGUAGGUUCCUGUUGAUCUUCACACGACAAAAGAUAUGGGCUGUCCUAACACCUAACCCUGAAGUGGGUUUUAUUUUCUCAGAUACUGUACCAGUGACUAAAAGGGUUCAAUCAGGUUGUGUGUGUUUUCUUUUUCUUUUUUAUAACUUACAAAAAGGUGUUUGUAUAUCUUUUAUAUUUCUGUAAAUAGUUGUUCAAAAAUUUCAUUUCAUAUCAAGUUUAUGGGUGAACACAUCUUAUAUCUGUUGUUUGACAUGCAAUUCCUUUAUGUUAACAUGAUUAUGUAUCUGUUUUAAAAAUGCAUUUUCCAGAAGGUUUUUACAUCAUUUUAUUAAAACUUAUGUUGCAAGUGGAAAUUUUA